CAACUCUCAAUCUUGUCUCUGUACACUUUAAUACAACCGCGUCGCCGCCGCAGCCCGCAGCAGCUGGCUCUGCUCACCACCCCACACACGAUGCGCGCCAUCAGAAACCUGCGCUACGCGCGCCCCAUCCUGUUCUUCUCCCUCGUCCUCGGCGGCAUCUGGCUCUCGGGCUUCUUCCUCCUCCUCGUCACCACCGACACAGUCUCCAACCCCGUCACGGUCGGCAAGGUCUGGGUCGACCGCUUCCGCGCUACAGGUAGCACACCACAAACGGGCUUCAAGACGACAAAGUCGCCACGGUAUGCCGAGCUGUGCGAGGCGCUGCCCCAUGCUGCGGGCGAGCUGCGCGACCUCGACGACCGCUGGGGCCGUAUCAGUCUCGAGAUGAGCGUCGCGCACGCUGGCAGCGGUAUCCGCAUGCGCCGUGCCCUCCGCCGCUUGAUCAACCAGGAACCAUUUGUCAUCUCUGUGAUCGGCGGCUCCAUCACGGGCGGCCACGGCGUCAACAAGACAAAUGGAGGAGAAAAGUACACCGACUACCUGCAAAGGUCGCUCCGCAAGACGUACCCCAACGUCACGGUCCUCAACGUUGGCAUUCCCGGCCACGGCUCAGACUACUUCUCAAAUUGUUACCAACUGCACUCGCCCACCAACGCCGACAUGUACAUUAUCGAGUCAGCCGUCAACGACAUUGAGAAUGCCCAACAUGUGAAAAACGCGGGCGAGACGGGCGACACGAUCGGCUACACCGAGCUUUUCGUCCGCCAGCUGCUGUCCAACAGACCCGACAACGCCGUCAUGAUGAUGUCGUCGUUUGGAUCCGGCGCCGACUACGCAAACGCUGCACACCUCCACAACGUCGUGUCUGAAUACUAUGACAUUCCGCGCCUCUCGAUGCGCACCUUCAUGUACCCGUACAUGCUGCAGUAUGUCGACGAGCGCAUCCUGCGGUACGACAAGCCCGACAUUCGGCACCCGAACGAGUACGGACACAUGUACAUGGCCGACAUUCUCUACCGGUACCUUAUGCGCGAGGCGUGCCGCUCCGCCGAGGAGGUCGAGCUGGGCCUCGUGCCGCACCCAAUCGAGCAGUACAAGCCCGAGGCGGCGCAGCUCAAGGACGAGAACGGCAAGGACCUGCCGGGCUUCGACCCCGAGCGUGUGAGCGAGUACGACAAGCACUGGUUGCCCUACCCCGAGGUGUCGGGCACGUCGCUCAACCACGCGUGGGACCCGUUCACGCUCCCCUCGCUCCGCAUCAACCAGAACUGGGUGUACAACAACAAGGUGCGCCCCGAGGGCUCGGCGUUCUGCCAAACGACCGACGUGAUCGCCGACGACGGACUGCCCGUCAUGCGCCCGAGCAAGAACGACGGGUGGGAGCACGUCGUCACAAAGGACAAGCACUACUGGAAGUCGGACAAGGUCGGCGCCCAGAUCACGUUUGACAACAUUGACGUGCACGCGGGUAUCGUGUCGCUGUUCCACCUCCGCUGCGACCAGAACUAUGGCAACGCAAAGUGUUGGAUCGACGACAAGAAGAACGAAGCGGUCGAGAUUGUGUCGACCUGGAAGUUUAUCUGUAUCUCGACUCUGGCGGUGGUUACGGACCGUGCGCCGCCAGGCAAACACAGUGUUACUUGUGAGAUUUCCGAGAACACGGCGGACAAGAACGGCAAGCACGACUUUGCGAUUGCCGCGAUUAUCUCGCAUUGAGCGGCCGGCGGGCCGAGCGGAGCGAGGCGGGCGAGGCCUUGAGGCCUGAGUUUACCGCGCAAGGAGCAGUGUCGCUCCAUACCCCUUGCGCGGGCGGUGGCACACAUAGACAGGCUGCUUGUGCAGCUAACAGUGCAUAGUUUUGGUACUGCAAUACAGUUGGACUUUCUGGGAUGUAUUUCGCAUGGCU